GGAAAUUGCAGAAGCUGUUGGCUGUUAACAACGUCCUGAAGAAAUACCUAUUAUUAAGCUUCUGGGGUCCUGAUGCCCACCCAGUCAACCCAUGGAGUCCUGAUGCCCACCCAGUCAACCCAUGGAGUCCUGAUGCCCACCCAGUCAACCCAUGGAGUCCUGAUGCCCACCCAGUCAACCCAUGGAGUCCUGAUGCCCACCCAGUCAACCCAUGGAGUCCUGAUGCCCACCCAGUCAACCCAUGGAGUCCUGAUGCCCACCCAGUCAACCCAUGCUAAACAUAUAAACACUCAUGGUACUGUUAGUCACUUUGUAUAAAGCAUCCACCAAACGGUAUAAUGUUGUGAAUCAUUUUGACAUCUGUAGAAUGAUCACUAAUAAACAAGCUGGGGUGGGAUGUACGUGAACACAGAUUUAAAGGGAAAAUGAGAGGAUAACAAGGAUGUUUCACUAACUGAACAGUGAUUAUACAGGAUGAUAAAGCAUGCAGACAGCAAUUACUUACUAUGACUUAGCAAUACAACAAGCUUGCAGAUGUUCAGAUGGUUGGAACAAGAGACAUUCUGCCCACACACUGAGCAGCAGCAAGCAAAGAUCUCCCAUGCAUGGGAUCCAGGAAUCAAAGAUGGAGGAUUUCCUGGCGAUACCAGGAACUGACGUUGGGACAUCACAAACCACUUCCUGGUGAUAAAUCACACCACCGACUGGACAAAGUACUCCCAGUGCUGCAGAACAAGAGGGCCACCUGCAAUGGGAAGAGUCAAGACGAUCUGAAUGCAUUUCCAACAUCUCAGCUGAAAGAGAAGGCUUCUCUUCCUCCCAUUCUAAAGCCACUGGGACCAAUCCAGACCAAGUCUGGUGUGCUGAAAGACAUCGACCUCCGUAACACCAAGCCGUUGAAUUUAGUCAAUGGAGCCAACAUGGCAGCCAAGCCGCCACUGCCUCCCACCAGAGCCAGAGCCACUGUGACAAACAAUGUUACCAAGAAUGUGCCACACAAGCCAGUCAGGCCUGAGGGCAGCCCUCAUCUUAGAAGGCAAGUCAGGAGGAAACACGUUCAUUUAAAGACUCCAACUAAACAUGUAGAUGAUCUACCUCCAAGCCUUGAAGAAAUAGAAAGGGAAGGCCACAACGCACAGAAUGAGAACUUGAUGGACAUUCUGAUAAGAAACAUAGAGGAAUUAACCAAGAUGCAAGAUUGUGAAGAGAUGGAUGCACAGAUGUUGGUGGAGAAGAUGGCCAAGGAAAGGAUUUUGAAAAGUGUGCGGGAAGAAAUUGGGGACAUCAAUCUGAUGCAGGAGGACCGUGAUCUAUGGGAGAUGAUCACGGAUUACCAGGAGGAGGAAGAACGGAGGAUGGAAAAGAGGGAAAACAGAGAAAUGACGGCCAAAGAGUACAGCCGCUAGAUCAAUCCCUAAAAGUGAGAAUGAGGACAAAAGGAUAGCCAGGUAAACUAGCUUGACAUCGCUAACAGCUGAUCUAGUGUAGAAUUGGUGUGUUUGUAGAUAUUCUAACCGAUUUCCUCCUAACAAAACUA